AUGGCCGAUCUACCUCCCCUCUCAACGCAGGACACGCGUGGCUCCGUGUCCGCCGUACCAAUGCACGAAGUUGACCCCUCGCCCGUCGACGACGAUGACUACCCUACCAACCCUUCCGACCUCGAAGGUUCAAAGCUUCCCCCUUCACACUAUAACACAACCAACUGGCUGGGCCUCACACCCGCUCGAACGCAGCACAUCCUGUUAGCGGUCCAGAAAUACUCGGUCGUUCCCUUCUCGGCCUAUCUGGCCAUGCACUACACAAACACCGCCCUGAUUCCCCUCCUCACCGGUUCGGCACGAGAGGCAGACAAAUACCUCCUCCUGACCCGCCCCUAUUAUCAGUCCUUCCCGCUCGAACCCCUCCUGAUCUUCGUCCCCGUCAUCACCCACGUCGCCUCCGGUAUUGCCUUACGGCUCUACCGUCGGCGUCUCACGGCAAGACGGCAUGGAGCGGAGACGCUUUCCCAGCGCAGGAAAAUGAAGAGCAAGAUUCCCUGGCCAAAAUUGUCUUUGACCAGCGCGGCGGGGUACGCACUGUAUCCGAUGUUCGUGGCCCACAUGUUGUCCAUGCGUAUCAUCCCGAAGCAGGUCGAUGGGAGUUCGGCGUCUGUGGGACUACGCUACUUUGCCCAUGGCAUAGCCCAAGACCCUUAUAUUGGAAUGACAAGCUAUGCCUUGUUCGUAAGCGUCGCAAGUUAUCACGUGGUUAGCGGUGCGGCCAAGUUCUUGAAACUGAGUGCAGAGUAUGUUGUCGGGGGCGGGGACGAGGGUCGAAAGCGGAGGACGUGGAGAGGGAGGAUUGUCAACGGGGUUGCCGCAGCCAUAGCAGGUGCAUGGGUUGCUGGUGGGUUGGGUGUUGUAGGAACAGCAGGGCGAGGCACUGGCUGGGAAGCAAGCCACUGGGAUAAGAUAUAUAGGGCCAUGCCGGUUAUUGGUAGGUUAUUCUGA